GACCUUGCGCCGAGGCUUUCCCACGUGAACGUCUGAGUGUGGCGAUGUACUGUAUAUGAGCCACUAAUAGAUUAAGCGAAAAGAGGUUUAAAGAAAUAAACCAUUGUUUUGCUGGUACAGAAGUUUAGGGUGCACUUUUGAAACUAUGGCGACUGUUCGGAAGAAGGUGGACAAUCGCAUUCGUGUCCAGAUAGAAAACGGUGUGGCACAACAGCAUCGAUCUAUGUUUGUUAUAGUGGGUGAUCGUGGUAGAGAUCAGGUUGUCAUUCUGCACCACAUGCUGUCUAAAGCUACAGUUCGAGCUCGGCCGUCAGUCUUGUGGUGUUACAAGAAGGAACUCAGCUUUAGCAGUAAUCGUAAGAAAAGGAUGCGGCAGCUGCAGAAGAAGAUCAAAACUGGCACGCUGAACCUGAAACAGGAUGAUCCCUUCGAGCUCUUUGUUGCCGCUACCAACAUCCGCUACUGUUACUACAAUGAAACUCACAAGAUCCUGGGAAACACAUAUGGCAUGUGUGUUUUACAGGACUUUGAAGCUCUCAAUCCCAACCUCCUGGCUCGAACCAUUGAGACUGUGGAAGGUGGAGGCAUUGUAGUCAUUCUUCUGAGGAGUGUAAACUCAUUGAAACAGUUGUAUACAAUGACAAUGGAUGUUCAUUCUCGAUACAGGACAGAGGCUCACCAGGAUGUUGUUGGAAGAUUUAAUGAAAGAUUCAUCCUUUCUCUCGCCUCUUGUAAGACAUGUGUUGUCAUUGAUGACCAACUUAACAUUCUGCCAAUCUCCAGUCACAUCACCAACAUUAAACCUGUCCCUCCUAAAACACAGGACGAUGGACUCUCUCCACAGGAACAAGAACUUAAGGACAUAAAGGAAUCUUUACAUGACACACAGCCUGUCGGUGUUCUAGUGGACAGCUGCAAAACUAUGGACCAGGCCAAAGCAGUGCUCAAGUUCAUCGAGGCUAUUUCUGAGAAGACCUUGCGGAGUACUGUAGCUCUCACGGCUGCCCGUGGUCGAGGAAAAUCUGCUGCGCUGGGAUUGGCUAUAGCCGGAGCUGUUGCAUUUGGCUAUUCAAAUAUGUUUGUAACAUCACCCAGUCCAGACAAUCUACACACACUGUUUGAGUUCAUAUUUAAAGGUUUUGACGCACUCCAAUAUCAGGAACAUCUGGACUAUGAAAUAAUUCAGUCUUUGAAUCCAGAGUUUAACAAAGCUGUGGUCCGUGUAAACAUAUUCAAGGAACAUCGACAGACCAUUCAGUACAUUCACCCUGCUGAUGCGAUGAAGUUUGGUCAGGCCGAGCUGCUGGUCAUUGAUGAGGCUGCUGCUAUCCCUUUGCCUUUAGUAAAGAACUUACUGGGGCCUUACCUUGUGUUUAUGGCAUCUACAAUCAAUGGUUAUGAGGGCACAGGUCGCUCUCUAUCUCUGAAACUCAUUCAGCAGUUGAGACAACAGAGCGCAGACAGCCAGCAGAACCUCUCAGCAGAGAACAGAAACACAAGCACUGCCAGACUUGCAGCAGCACGAACCCUUCAUGAGGUGUCCCUCCAUGAGUCUAUCCGCUAUGGCCCCGGAGACCAUGUGGAAAAAUGGCUGAAUGAACUGCUGUGUUUGGAUUGCCUGAGUGUCCCACGCAUCAUUUCCGGCUGCCCUUUGCCCCAGACAUGUGAACUUUACUAUGUGAAUCGAGACACCUUGUUCUGUUAUCAUAAAGCUUCCGAGGCUUUCCUUCAGCGUCUUAUGGCACUCUACGUAGCAUCACACUAUAAGAACUCACCCAAUGACCUUCAGAUGCUUUCGGACGCUCCAGCUCACCAUCUCUUCUGUCUGCUCCCUCCUGUCCCACCCACACAGAAUGCUCUCCCAGAAGUCCUAGCAGUUGUGCAGGUGUGUCUGGAAGGAGAGAUCUCGCGGCAGUCCAUUCUCAACAGCUUGUCCAGAGGAAGGAAAGCUUCAGGUGACCUCAUUCCAUGGACAGUGUCAGAACAGUUUCAAGACUCUGACUUUGGAGGCCUUACAGGGGCCAGGAUUGUCCGUAUCGCAGUGAACCCAGACUAUCAGGGGAUGGGUUAUGGCAGCCGCGCGUUGCAACUGUUGCAGCGAUACUAUGAGGGUCAGUUUCCUCUUCUGGAUGAGACGGAACAGACGACGGCCAGCACGAUAACAUCUGUGAGCAGUGAGGCUGUCACUCUUUUGGAGGAGGUUGUGACACCCAGGAAAGACCUGCCACCACUGCUGUUGAAGCUGAAUGAGAGGAGAGCAGAGAGACUGGACUACCUGGGGGUGUCGUAUGGUCUCACACCUCAACUUCUCAAAUUCUGGAAGAAGGCUGGAUUCAUUCCAGUUUAUUUAAGACAGACUCAGAAUGACCUGACGGGGGAGCACUCGUGUAUUAUGCUGAAGGAGCUCAAUGCUGAGGAUUCAGUAGAUAAUGGCCAGUGGCUGUCUGCUUUUUGGAAGGAUUUCCGACGGAGGUUUCUCUCCCUGCUGUCUUUCCAAUUCAGCAAAUUCAGCCCAACACUGGCCCUCAACAUAUUACAGAACAAGAACGCCAAAGACGACAGCGCACCAGUGCUCACAAGUGCAGAGCUGACUGCCCAGUUUACCCCUUAUGACUUGAAGCGUUUGGAGAUGUAUUCAAGAAACAUGGUGGACUAUCACCUCAUGAUGGAUAUGAUGCCUGCUAUUGCACGCAUGUAUUUCCUCAAACAAAUGGGAGGCGUCAUGCUUUCAGUUGCACAGUGUGCUCUGCUGUUGGGAGUUGGACUGCAACACAAGCGUGUAGAUGACCUGGAAAAGGAGAUUGAGUUGCCCAGUUCUCAGCUCAUGGGCCUGUUCAACCGUGUCAUUCGCAAAAUUGUGCAGUUCUUCAACACUCUUCAGGAGAAGGCAAUUGAGGCAGAGAUGGUGGCCACCAAGGACAUAAGCAUGGAACCAACUGUGCAGACACUUGGUGAAGAUCUGAAUGAGGCUGCCAAAGAAUUCCAAGAGAAACACAAAAAGGACAUUGAGAAGAUUAAAGAAAUGGAUCUUUCAGAGUACAUGAUCCGAGGAGAUGAUGAGGAAUGGGACCAAGUGUUGAAAAAAGCAGGACAUACAGCUAUUGUUAGUAUAAAAAGUGACAAAAAAAGAAAACGGGAAGGAACAAACGAGAAGGAACAACUGCAUGACAAGAAGAUGAAAAACCAUAAAGACAAACGAAGCAAAUUUGGAAAGAAAACAAAACGUGGACUCUAAAUGUCUUUUUAUAUGCUUUAUAUGGUGUAAGACUGGCCAGUAAAAUUGAUGGUUCCGGUGUGCAGGUCAUUUGUUUUUGUUCAUGUUUUGAAGCUUAAGAGCCUUAAGGAUCACCACGAGCAAACAAAAUAAAGUUGCAUAUUGUUUUGUUUUUGUAAUUAUAAAUCUGAUACUAUUUAACAGGCCUUUGCAAAAAAAUAUUUUCCCAGGCUAUUGACUUGGUUGUUUUGCAUGUAAAAAACCCUUCAAAUACACUUUUUAAUGUUUGCAGCGUUGCAUGGUAUUGACAUACAAUGUUUAAUAAAAACUGCUUGCAUCUUUAGAAACAGCAGUAAUAAUUAUUUUAGACAUGGAUUGGUGAUCUUUUACAAUGGGCCAAUUACCCCCUUUUUUAAAAUGCUGUUAAAGGGGGUUAUAUGACAUGGCUAAAACAAAUAUUUUCGUUUGAUUUAGAUGUAAUGCAAUGUGUAUACACGAUUUAAGGUUAAAAAACGCUGUAUUUUCCACAUACCGUGCAUGUUUGUAUCUCCUCUUUGCCCCGCCUCUCUGAAACACGCAGAUUUUUUACAAAGGUCAUUUCUCUGAAAAGCGAGGUGUGCUAUGAUUGGCCAGUUAAUCAGUGCGUAGUGAUUGGUCGAAUACUGCAAGCGUGUGAUGGAAAUGAGACUCCUCUUACCAUAUUUGGAACAUCAGGUUCCAAAGCAAUUGUACUGACAGGUACGCCCACCUUACUUGUGUAUACAUUUGGGGUGGUCUUGGUCAAACCAUACCACAAGCUGACGUAGAUUUGUGGGGGUGUGGUUACACGAGGCGUUUCAGGCAGGUCUGGGUGAGCAUUCGCUUUUAGAUAGAAUGCAUCUUUUGUUCCAACACUUUAAUUUGUGCAAUUUUACGUGUCUAAUACAUGCACCGGCAACUUAUAACACACCAAAGACACAGAAAAACACGUAUUCGUGCCAUAUGACCCCUUUAAAGGAGCUAUUUGCUGCCCUAGCUUCGUGACAACAGCAAAUGUGAUGUGUGGUUUUGAUGAAACACAAAUAUAUGACAAUUAGUAACAACAGGAAUUAUACACACAUAACCAAUAUUCUUGAAUCUAGAAUUUAAUUUUAAAUGUUAUAUACAGAGUAAAAGUGUUAAAAAAAACCACUUCCCAAAUCGAGUAGCAUCUGCCUUCAAACCCGGAAGCUGUACUUUCAGUACCGAAUUUCUGGGGGCGUAUUUGGUGACAACGGAAGCGACGAGUGCAUCUGCAUGUAUUUCUGAAGUAUGAACGAUAAUAGGAGUGUGAGUAUCAAAUGUGAAUCAUAUUUUUUUCGUUUAACAUUAAAAACAAUUGAGAAAAAUUAAUGGAAAUUGGAAAGUUAAUGUAGUCGAAGUGAGUUGCUAAAUUGUCUUGAAUGCACUAUGUAGCCAAAAUAUAAGCUAAUGCUGUAAAACUUGUCCGGUUACUGUCGUAACUCUCAGUUCCCUGAGAGGAGGGAACGAGACAUUGCGUGAAACGCUAGGGGAAUCCACUUCUCUAAACCUUACUGAAACCUUAUUGAAUGACGCCAGUAGAAAUGAAAAUGUAACUGGCCAAUGUAGUCAAUUUGGCGCUUAGGGGCGUGGUCGCCACCCCUAUUUAUUACACCAUCUGGACCACAUAACCUCAGAAUCUUACAACUGAACGUUACAGCUCUCAGGGAACCGAGGUUACGACAGUAACUGGAGACGUUCCCUUUCGAGAGAGGUCUCUCAACAUUGCGUGUAACGCUAGGGGAACCAUAUAAAAUAACGCCGUGAGAGCAGCAAAGAGCAGAACCCAGCGCUCUCCCAAUGUAAUCACAAUGCAAGUGUGAGGGAAACCCCCUCAGCCAAUCAGCGUAGCCGCAAGCAUGAGCAUUAAGCCCAUUGCAUGCCGCGCAAGCGGGAGCCAUCAGAAACGUUUCUAUGUUCGGGCAAAAUGCAUCAUUUCCGCUGACGCAGUGGGCAAUGUGUUCAAUCACGCCGCGAGAACAGCAAAAAGCAGCUCGACUUUAGCGGAGCUAACACAUAAUGUGCACCACAUAACCGUUGGCAGUAGCACACAGCACAACUCCCACUGACAGCGCACACCUUACAUAGACUCUAAGACGAUUGGAUACCACAUUCCGCUACGGGAUCCAAUCAAAACACCCAGAACUCUUGGGGAUACCAAACCACCAUAGUUUGCAGGAAUGCUAUGCCACUACACUGAGCAGGGUAGCAAUACACAUAGCAUAAUAACAAGUAUAUAAAUGGCAAGCAUGCAGCCAGCGAUAUAGAAUAAAUAACACAGGGCUGAGGCAACCUGUGUACAUAGUGAGGAUGGAAACAGGCGCAACCUGGUAUGUUUGCAUCCUCAGGCAGUAAAGACAGUGACGGUGAAGGACACGGUCACAUACUGUAUAAGACACAAGCUCACGCGAGUCAUAACCUGAACCGUGAACAUGCAGUCAUAAAGCACGGCCUCGUGCGAGUGAUAGUUGGGGGUAGAACCGCCCCCUUGACCGCCUAUACGACCUAGCUGACACACACAGCAUAGUCAGACAGCUAGUACGUUGCUGCAGUGCACUGCCUGCAAGUCACACAAGCAAGCUGCUAAUAGUCGACGUUGCGUGAAACGGUCACGUAAUCCCACAAGCUCAAAACAUAUAUACGGUGCAUGGCGAGUGACGGCGUCCGACGAGGCCAUCGGCUCGAGCGAAAUGAAGAGAGCGUACCAAUUUGCGCACUAAAUGGCAUUUAGAGUGAUGGGAACAUAAUCAUGCGGUCUGCGUGUAACAUACUAUCACAUUCAACCUCCUGCAUGGAGAGCGUUGCAAAUCCCAUAUGCGCAAAAACAGGCGGGGUAUUUACACGGAAGCCUCUUCAGCAGAUCGCAUGCAUCGGAUCGUCUAGAGGGAGAGCCAGUACUCUCAAAGCAAAAUCUUAGGCCGGAGAAGAGGACAGAGGGUGAAGGGUCUCUGCCGUUCUGUUACCCUCACAGAUCUGAAUGCCAGAUUGCACUUCCUCCCGAACGGUCAUGCAUAAAAAGCAGCGAUAACCGUGACAACAUCCAUAUUAGUGUAACCGUGGGACUUUUACUCUUGGCACGGGUAGUAACCCCUGGGCUUUAAAGUAUGUACCAAUGGACAAGGUUUUCCCAAAAGUAAGAAUUUAUUUGGACAAUCACAUAAAUUAUAAAACAAAAACAAAACGUACAACAAAUUUAUUCCCCACCUCACUUCAACAGGUCUGACUCUUUGUCGGCCAACCCCCAGGUACACUAUCGGCCUAAACACAGAACCACUCAAGACCCACAAACCCAAAAAUAAUUAAGAAAAACUCAUAAUACACUUCAAACUAAAAACCGAAAGAACAUAAUUCAUGCCAAAAUCAUUACCACACCAAACCACACAAAAGAGAGUAGUCCACGUGUGGUAAGCGUCCAUGUAAUAUGGAGGAUCAUCUAAAAUGGCCGAACAAUAAAAGCUGGGAAGGGACAUAUUUACAAAAUAUAAAAAAAGAAAAGAAACCACCUCGCUAGCCAGUCCAACACACCACAAUCAUAGCCGACCGCUAGAUUGGAAAUGUACGGCGCACACGUACAGGGACCGGCCAGCGAAGGAAAACAAAAAACAAACAGGAGGAACAGCGAACAACUACACCUAAUACAAAAAUACAAAAAUACACUUUAUAAUUCCAACAGCAAUACACAUGUUUCCUUUCAUCUCAUUACGCUUUAAAACCAUCCAACCCCAAUAUAAAAACAGUUGCAAUUACCUGCAGCACUGCCAUCAACACUGGACCGAUUUCCACAAUCCAACCACCCGACAUUACCGAUGGUCUAUAGGUCCGUGACGCACGUGUCUGGAUUAAAAACAUACCUUAGUCGAGUAAAGCAAUGUUUUGCAAACACUGGGAAAACCCCCAUGCUAUUCACGCACAUACCUGCUCACUCAAACGGCGUCCACACAUACGACCAAGAAAGUGCUACGAAACAAGGUUCACAUCUGCAUUAAACAGGAUACGCGAUUUCAAACACGGCUUUGUGACCAUAAAAACAACAUUCACUUAGCCUACCUGCUCCGGGGCAUAGCCGUGCACAAACGACAGCCAAAACACACCCAAAGGCUUCCACGCGCUUACUACCAACCAAAAGGACCGGACCUCAUAUUUUGACGUCCUCCCAAAUGCUUGCUUAUAAACCCUCCAACCAUAUACUUGGCCACGCCCUCCAAGCAAAAAGGUGCCAGCUCGCCGGCUACAUUAGAAACAGUAUGCUGUAGCACUCUCGCCACCGCAGUCAUAAGGGCUAACGUUAAAAUGUCCGACACGGGACAAUGCACCGGGUCAUAGCCAUUCGUAACGUACCAUACACGCACUCAAGAGCACAAAUUAAGAGCAUGAAAACACCUCCUAGAGGGGAUAACGCUCCAUCGUGUAUACAACACGCGUCGCGACAAUCCGACCAGUCCUCGUUCCUACACACUACCCACACAUACCAGUGUACAACCCGGAGUUGGUGUGUUCAUUUGAGUCUAUUGACUCAAUAGGAACGGCUAAGAGAAGCGGUGAACUUUAUCAGAUGGGGGAACCAUUUUGUAUAAAUGGAAACAGCUAGCUGGCACUCGGCUAGAGUACUAUUAGCACAUCCCCUACAGGUGGCCUCAUCACAGGGAGAAAAAUAAACGCAGUGCUUGAUCUCCUCCAUCACGAGCAGACCUCAGUAGCCCAUGUGAACCUUCACAGAUGAGCUCGAACCGAGACUGAGUCUGGAGAGCGUGAUCACAUGUUUACACCCUUGUGAACAUACAUGCUUUAUGCUCCCCACAGCAAGACGCUGCACUUGCGGUUGUUCGGCACAUUUCACUAAUGGGCCAAUCGACAGCACAGAGAGCUCAAAAUCAAGCGAACGGCACUAUAAUGGCGCACAUGAUAAGGGCAGUAAACCGAGCACACAAAGAAGACAGACAACUGUCCACAAGCGGUAGUAACAUAAGGUGAUUGCUCGCACAAGGCAGACACCUUAUACAAGGGGUAAGCUCGUAUGUGGGAAACGGUUGAAGCAUAGCAAGCCAGCGGCUCUCAGCCGCAGCGCUAAGGGCAGAAACUGGUGCGGCUAGCUCUGUAUCCAGCUGUCCUACAAGCACAGAGCAACGGCAAACAUGCAGUACCAGCUGUGUAGCAAACGCGGGUUCAAGCUCAAGCGGCUGUUGAUAGGGCAGCACCGCCGCAAAAUCCAGCCACGUGUCAAAAUAACAGGGAAGUGAAUACAUUCGCUCUCUGAAUCAGUUCACAUUCAGAAUGGUCACAAAUCACUGAAAACACCUACGACUAGGGGUUGUCUGGAUUAAAACAAAUAUAUGGCUCAGUUGGGGUACAAUAACCCGUAUGAUGAUCUGUGAACUGCCGAAAGCACCUGAUAUAUAGGAUGGUGACUAUCAUUCGACUUGGGGCGAGAAAACAUUGCGAAGCCGUAACUCUGGAUGGUGGAGCCAUGUCCGGCUCUCGUGAAUGCCCACUCCCAGUACCGGCGCUUUCUGCCAACUGCAACCGAUCACACCGCUGAAGUGGGGUGAUCUGCGACAAAACUGGAUUGCAUAACAGCGCGUAUUGCGCAGUAGUCAGUCACAUUUCGUAGUCGUAGGCAAAUCUAUCGGCCAUUCAAACAGAAGUAUGAUAGGGAACAGCACCGAGUGACCGGGGCGUUGUGAACUCAUAAUAACACAGCUCUACCAGCUGCCAUACAUGCGGGGGAGCUUAAAGCUACACAGAUCCAUUGCUCGAUACAGGGGGAUUAGCGCUGCGUAUACUGGAGCCCUUCCAUGGAAGCAACGCAAGCCACUUGGUGGAAAGCCUGCACCCUUUAAACCAAAAGGAUUUACAAAGGUAUUACAGACGCUUCACAUCCGUAUAAUAUAAAAUAUAGCGCACACAUAAAAACAUUACUGUGUAUUUUUGACAUGGGAAGUGAUGGUUAAGAAUCAAACGGGAUUGCCCACGUAGAAGACAGCAGCUCUGAUCACUGCCCUACAGGGUAUAAAUAAGGGAAAUAAUCACAUGUGCUGACACCGCGGCUGCAGAAACCAGGUGGUCAGCUUACUCCUCGCCGACUCCUCGGGGGAGUCCCUCGAGGCCGAGGUCUCGCACAGCCUAGGUGAGGACACAGAAGAGAUCUACGUGAAGCGCGUGGGGUCAUCCCACUCCGCUCGCUCCCUCUCGGACUGCCAAGCUGCCAGCGACAUGAGCUCAUCCCUGACACGCCAAACAAUCGGUGAAGAAGACUGGUGCUGAUAGCGGUCUGGUGCUCCAUUUCCCCCAGGUGGAGGGGCGGCAGUCCCGACAGCGGCUCGCUGGCUGCGGUGGGAUGCUGCCUAACAAAAUCUCCGAGGGCGGCGACUCUCCGAGCCUUCGACACCUGCUCCGGAAGGUACUCGCAGGGCGGGCAGUAGAAUCGGAGAGAGCCGCCUCCGCAUAGGCCAGACCCGGGCAGAGUACGCAGUGAGCAUGCGUGUCCUGUGGGUCGAUGGGCCCGGAACAUAAGGCACACACGGGCAUGCUGGAACACACUGGAGUAGAAGGAUCCUAGUUCUUCCUCUUCUCCUGGGUGUAUCCUCAACAGCACGUGAAGGUAAGUGAAGGAGAAAGAUUCUGAGGUUAUGUGGUCCAGACGGUGUAAUAUAUAGUGGUGGCGACCACGCCCCUAAGCGCCGUCUUGGACCACAUUGGCCAGUUACAUUUUCUUCAAUAAGGUUUCAGUAAGGUUUAGAAGUUUUAGAAAUUUAAAAUGAAAGAGUUGAACAUGUUCAACUGAAUGUUCAUUAUUUUAAUUCACUUCUCUCUCUUUCUCUCUACGCUUUUAUCGCUCUUAGGAGUCAAUGAAAACAUCAUCAAUGAAGUUGGUGAAUUUAAUGAAGAUGGUCAUUAAUGAAGUGGUGCAUGAAUGUGGUUCAUGUAAAAAAAAUUGUGUGUUCAACUGUUAAUUUGUUAUUUUAUCAAAUAUAGCCUACACUAUCUUAAAUCUACCCAGAGU